GCCAGAUCUUUACCGCUUUCAAAAUGGCAGAGAAUCGCGCUGUCAAAGAAGAGGCGUCCUGCUCGGUGGAGGUGACGCUGGACCGGGACUCGGUCCGGCCGGUUUAUGAUUACCUGAACCGGCCCCGAGGCCGGCCCCGCCUCCCCGACUGGGCCCGCACGCCGCGGCGAAUGAAGGGGCGAAAGAAGUACGAUGCGCGGCGGGUUUACCUCGGGGAGACGCACCGGCUCUGGUGCGAACUGAGGCGGCGCACCCCGUGUUGGAGUGACAGUGAGCUUGCAGGGUACCUCAUCAAACUGGAGGGCAGAUACGGGGAGACUUACCGGGAGAAACACGGAAAACAGCUGAUAUGGGAUAUAUAUAAUGGGAAACCACAAGGGGAGCAGUGUGAUGUGAACUGUCUGCAGAGCCUGGUGAGCUGGUACGAGGCUCACCGGCUGACCUGCCCUCACGAGCCGCAGCUCCGAUCCCUGGAGCCGGGACUGGGCUUCUCCGCCAGCGCGGUGUGGCAGUGCCAGGGAGGACACCGCUUCCACCAGCACCUCUCCUCACCGGACAGGGAGGCCAGCGACUCGGAGAACGAGAGCCACACCGACAGUGUGGGAACAACCAAGAAAGUUCUGGUCCAGGACGCUGCCACAGUGAACCAGCCACACCAGUGUCAGGGUGCUGCUGUUUCAUACAGUUCAGCACCGCUAGCACAGUCACACAGCUGCACUCAAGAAGCCGACGCCAAGCGGCCUGCGUGUGAAAGCCCGGGUUCGAUUGAGGCGGAUAGCUCUGACUGCAGCUCGGACUGUAUCAACACCAUUGAAUCACAAGACCAGGCGCCGCUGAGGACAAGGAGACACGGCCCGGGGCUGUACAUCGAGUCGGACGGCACAGUCAAGACGUUUCGUUGCCCGUACGAGGGCUGCAGCCAGGUCUACGUCACAGUCAAAAGCUACAGGAACCACGUGAACAUCGUUCACAAGAAGGGCAGGACGGAGGUCUGCUCCCAUCCUGGGUGUGGGAAGAAAUUCUACCUGCUCAACCAUCUUCAACGCCACAUGGUGACUCACUCAGAGGCCCGGGAUUUCACCUGCCCGCUUUGUGACAAAUCUUUCAAACGCAAGAACCACCUGGAGGUGCAUCAGAGAACUCACACAGGAGAGACCCCACUGCAGUGCCAGUACUGUGGGUUCCAGUGCCGCCAGCGGGCUUCUCUCAACUGGCACAUGAAGAAAAAGCACACGCCCCCUGCUGCGCAGUACGACUAUAGCUGCGAGCUCUGCGGAAAAGGGUUCGAGAAAGUGGAGAGCGUGAAGUUCCACAAGCUAAAGAGCCAUCCAGAGAGCACCGAGCGAGAGGGGAGGGGGGGCACGCACAGCCCCCUCCGAAUCCCAGGAGACAUCCAGAGAGCACCGAGCGAGAGGGGAGGGGGGGCACGCACAGCCCCCUCCGAAUCCUAGGAGACAUCCAGAGAGCACCGAGCGAGAGGGGAGGGGGGGCACGCACAGCCCCCUCCGAAUCCUAGGAGACAUCCAGAGAGCACCGAGCGAGAGGGGAGGGGGGGCACGCACAGCCCCCUCCGAAUCCUAGGAGACAUCCAGAGAGCACCGAGCGAGAGGGGAGGGGGAGCACGCACAGCCCCCUCCGAAUCCUAGGAGACAUCCAGAGAGCACCGAGCGAGAGGGGAGGGGGGACAUGCACAGCCCCUUCCGAAUCCUAGGAGACCCCCCCUCCCGUCCCCCCCUGCCAAGACAGUAUUCUCCCCAUCGUGCAAAGCAUCCUUUUCAUUGUUACCAUGCAGAGCCCCUCUCCAGCCCCCUAAAGACACGGGAAAGACAGUACUGACAUCCGGAACUGCUGAGCAUUCAGUAGAAAAAUGAAAAGGAAAGCUAAUAAAUGAAAAGGCAAACGUUUCCACUGGGAAGGCUUGCAGAAGAGCGCCAAGCAAUAGUAUCACUAAAGUGGGGUUUGUCGGGUACGUCUUGUGUACAGAUCUACAGCACAUUGCAGUUGUUUAAAAAAAAUAAAA